UCUCCACACUGGGAAUGCGACACAGAUUUCAAAAGUGAAAGUAAAUCUGUAGGACAAGGCGUGUUGCGUUUUCUUCUUCUCACAAUUCCAGAUCUACGAAGAAAUUGCACUAAAAAGCAGAAGCUGACUUCAAAUCUUUAUCUCAAUGUGUAUUCUGUACUAAUUUCUGCAUAAUCCUAUACAGUGAGUGAAGGAUAUUUUGCCCUGGAGUUACAACACCAAAAUGGGUGCACUGACGAUGUUCCUUGUGGCUGCUCUUAGUGCAUCACGGUGUAGUGCUGCUCCAGUUUCAGGAAGCCUGGAGGUUUUAGUCAGUUCCCCUGUCUCAGUGCACCUUGGCCACACCACCACAUUACCAUGCUGGCUCAACCCACCACAAAGUGCAGAGUCUUUGGAGGUGUCUUGGUACCGUGGGAGCUACAGCACCCCGAUCAUGUUUUACCGGGCAAAACAGUUUGAGAACUCAUCCCAGGAAGCUUCGUACGCGGGCCGAGUCUCGUUUGGCUUAAAAGACGCAGCGUCUGGUGGGCUGACGGCAGGCGAUGUGAGCCUGAAGCUGGACAACGCCACAAUUGAGGAUGCAGGAGAUUACAAUUGUUACGUCAGCAGUGAGCAGGGUUACGACAGGGCAAGUGUCAGUGUCAUCGUGACGGAAAUCGGAGCCCUCCCUCUUCUGUCAGCAGUGUGGAAAGAAGAUAACAUGGUGAAUAUGAGCUGUGAAUCUGAAGGGUGGUACCCAAAGCCUAGUCUGCGCUGGUCAGAUCAAAAGCAGGUUCUUACCCCAGAAAGCCUGAAGUACAGAAAAGGCUCUUCAGGUCUUCAGUCAGUCCACAGCUGGCUUCUCGUCUCUAGCUCCACUGAGGUUUCCUGCUCAGUAGGCGUCUCUGGCGAAGAGACAAAGGAGGCAAGAGUGCGCCUGGAAAACCCUCAUCAACCUGAGUCGUCUGGAUCCUCACCAGCUGGAUGGGUGGCCUUUGCUCUGCUCCUUAUAGCCAUGGUGGUGGCGUUACUUGGAGUGCUGUACUUCAUGAAGAGACGGAAGAAAGCUGAAUCAGGAAAUGACCACGCUAAGGGGAAGAAAGCUGAAUCAGGAAAUGACCUCGCUGAGGAGAAUCAACCACUUUUACCAAAAGGAGUGAUCCAGCCAACACAUCUAUCAAAAAAUAGCCAGAUUUAUGCCAAUGUUACACUUGACCAGAAGGAACAUAAAUAUCUCUUAAUCAGGGAUGGUAAACUGAGAGACGCCCGGUGUAAUUUUCCUGAUGGAGCUAGAGUUACCUGUCUCACAGCUAUCAAAGGAACAUCUGGCUUCUCCUCUGGACAACACUACUGGGAGGUUUCUUUGGGGAAAACAGAUCCUAGAAUAGGUCUCAAACAGUCCUGGUGGGUAGGAGUUACUAGUGCAGCUGUCAUCCCUGACGAGUCAGAUUUUUCUCCAACUACAUCUAAUGGUUUCUGGUUCCUGUCCUCUUCCCCUGACAAAACAGAUAGCCUUCAGCUUAGCACAGACACACAUGUUUUUCUGCCCAUCUCUUCCCAACUGCAGACGGUUGGCGUGUAUUUGAAUUACGACAGCGGAGAGCUUUCCUUUUACAAUGUGGAAGAUAAGCGUCUCAUUGGCACUUUAACAGCUAACUUCACAGGUGUCAUUUUUCCAUUGUUCAACCCUGGUAAAGAUGACAAAGCAGUUAUGGAGAUAUUGCAGGGUCAGGCUAGUGACACGGGGAACUCGGUAGAUUCAACGGCACAAGAGUCUGAAUCUUAAUAUCAUCAAUACCAACUGCUGUAAGGGAGCAAGAUGAAAACGAAUAGGAUCGGAUUUAUGUUUUAGCCCUGUACUUGUAUCCUAACUUGAAAAGAGGACACAAAAAAUGAUUUCAACCAAGAUAAAGUUUUGUCUUUUCUUUAUGGUUUAAUUUAGUUUAGGUAAAUCUGUUGAGUGACUUAAAUGUUAAACAAGUCUUAUUAAAGUUGAAAUGUCAAUAGUCAUAUUGGCUUAAACUCCAAACCAAUUCUGCAUGGGAUGGACAAAACAACAUGAUUUAUUUGUGGUUGUUGAAGCUUCAAGAAAUGACAUUUCGACUCAAUAGUUAAUUUUGAGUUUGUGCCGUUGUUCAGUAAAUACAGUUAAAUGAUUUUUUUUUACUUUUUGGGAAAUACCCGUAGGCUAUUAGAUUUCUUGCAGAGUCAGAUGAGGAGAUUGAUACCAUUCUUGUGUUGUGGUAUCAAAAAAUAACAGCAUUUCCUUUUCUAUAGCAAAGUGUUUCUGUUAUGUCCACCGUCUGUAAAGUUUGAUUUUUUUUUGUGUGUGAAUAUUUUCCAUUUAUGCUACUGUGUAUUUAUACCCUAUUAGUAAAUACACACAGACAUUUAUAUUAAUUUCAUUUAUACUUAUUAGAAUAAUUCAUAAAGUUAUCAUUGUUUAUGCUCAGCUACUGCUUUUGGAAUAGCCAAUAUUGUGACUCGGCUUUUUGGAAUUUAAGUAAAUUUUUGGUACACUUUAAUUUACAUGUAUAUUGUGAUGCUGUGAAAUUUAGUUAUUUAGGUGAUUCACAACUUGAUAUUUUCUUGUCUUUUGCUCGUUACCAUUCCGUAAACACACACUACAAACUAAAAUAUUACAGAGGUUAUUAUUUAAGUUCUAAAUGGUGUGGGACUACAACUUUUUAUCUUAUUGGUCUUGCAAAAGGGACCGUAAGUGGACUUGUGCUUAUUCAGGACACGGCAGGUUACAACCUGAGUAGGACUAAGAAAAGACAUAAAUGGUGCUGGUCUUUUGACUUGAUUAAAACACAACUCAGCGUCUGAUGAUGUCACCUGGGGAGGGCGAGAGUUGAGUGGCACAGUCAGGUGGAUUGGUUGAACCAGGAGGGAGUGGAUUUGGAUGAGACUCUGGAAAAGGGGCGUUGUGUCUUUGCAGCUCCUCUUCGUCACCAUAGGUUCCUUGAAAGAAAAGGGAGGGGGGGAGAAAGGACGAGGAGAGAGGUGGACAGAGACGCUAGGAAGGAUCUGUGAAGGUAGCACUGACACAGUGGUGAACCAGGUGGUUACAAACUGACAUAUAAAAUGGAACAAUAACCAUGAUUACUGAUUAAAGUGGUACAUACUUUGUGAGCAAAUGCAUACAGGCAGCUGUACUUUGAAAUGACUGAUGUUAAAAUCAUUUUGUAAUGUGUGUACUCUUUGUGACUGAAUAAACUCAAUCAAUAUGG